UUGCGUGCACCGAACGACGCGUACCGAAAUGAAAUCGAUUACAUCAUCACUGAUAAAAGGCGAGUGAUUACAGAUGUGUCCAUCAUAUCCAAAUCAGCAGUUUCGGUCCACUCUGACCACCGUCUUGUGAGAGCGGACAUCCGAAUCGAUUUCCGCACGGAACGAAGAAUCCAGAAGAGAAACAUCUACAGUAGAAGGCCGAAGCAGUUCUCAGUGGACCUCUUCCUACAAGUUGUUGAAUGUAAAAACUGGGAAAUUACAGAUAACAACAUUGAUGCAGAUUGUGACCUCUUUCUCGACAAGCUCAACGAGUGUAAAGCUGCUGCCGAGGUAAAUGUCGUCAAGCACACCAAAAACCGUCUAAGUCAAGCAACGCUAGAUCUCAUUGGAAAACGACGAGAAAUGGCGUCGAAAGGCGAUGUCGGUCUGGAGUACAAACUUCUGUCCAAAGUAAUAAGAAGACGUAUGACGGAAGAUUACGGCCGAUACCGUAAGAACAAGUUAAGAAAUGCAGUAGAGCAGAAAACGAGCCUGAAAAAAGCAUGGUAA